GCCCGUGGGGGCAGGUACAUACGUGUAGCUGUGAGUAGUCAAUGGUCAAGGACUGUCCCCUCCCACUAAGUAACUGAUUAGUCGUCAUCAUCGUACUGCCAAUGCUGCAAUAGCAAUAGUAUCCUUCGAUAGUAUGAUACUUUGCAGGAGGAUAGUACUAUCUAUCGAACACAACACUUUCUUGGUGCUCUUGGCAAUGGUGCUGGCAGCACGAGCAUCUCCAUUUGCAAAGGCGUUGUGCGAUCGAUUGUCCGCUACUGCAGCAAGUACCUCGACCGCGGAGGUCCGAUGCGCGACUGGGAUGUUGGAUGGAGGAGGGUGCUACUGCUGCUAUCCUUGAACCUCGGGUGAACGAGGGCAGACCAGGUCCGACAGAAAAUCC